AUGGUUCACAACGCUUUUUCUCCGCAUUCCCCAGUAAAGUUAUUUGCCACACUAGUCAUUGUUGUCGCAACAAGUCUUGUACACGCAUCUUCUUCAUCUGAUUUAACAACGGCUGCUGGCGGUCUUGCAUUUGGUCAACAAGUAUUUGUUCUGGGUCCACAAACUCAGUCAUCAUCAUCACCAUCACAAGUUUCAGAUUAUAGCCAUCAUCAUUCUAAUGUAGAAUCCACUCAACAAGGUGCCCUUUUCACAACACCAUCAUUGACUAAAGAAUUCUCUACAAGUUAUACAAAUACACCUGGUACAAUUUUAGCAAACAAUAAGAUAAUAAUAAUACAAGGCACCGGUUUAAACGAUUUAAUUUCAGAACCUGGGUCUUUGACUCUGUCAAAUACAAUCCAACUAGAUUUGACAACGCCCGGAAACAUUGACUACGGAGCACCACCGCCUGAAAUAUUAACUUUUGGUCAAACCACAACAACAGACCUUUCGGCAAGUUUGCAAAACGACAACGGACAGAAGGCAAGUCUAGCGGCGACAGCAGUGGCAGUGGCAGCAGCAGCAGCAGCAGCAGCAGCAGAGGCAGAGGCAGCGACGGUAGCGCAGGGUCCGGGGACUGGUGAGAGCAGCUCUAGCCGCACCUUGGUUGAAUUUUCUUCUUCUUUUUCUUCUGCUUCUUCUUGGUUGUCAAACCCUUCCUCGUCGUCAUUUUCGUCUUUACAAUCAUUGUCAAAUGUAGAACUAACACCGGCCACAGGUCUAAGGUCCGUGGCCCCUGCCACGGCUCCAGCUUUGGAGUCUGGAGGAGCAGGGACCAAGCGGUUUAGUGGGCUUAAGACUACGGGAUUAGUAGUUCUUGGAGGAGCCUUGAUGGGGAUUCUUAUUUAA